ACUAAUUACGAGUAUAGUAUUUUAUGUUUGAGGAAAGAUUCAAACACAAAAAUACAAAAACCUCACUUCAAUGUGUCUUACAAAGAUGGAUAAUUCCAAAAAGUCAUCAACCUUUUUUUCACAAAUCCCCCCUUCAAUUAUCCUCACCACUCAUUUUUUUUUCUUCCUUUUCUAACUGGCAAUUCUUACAUUCUUUGCCAUGUGAUGAGUGAUCAUGCUUCAAUUCUCUUUAAUUAAUCAUACAUCUUCUUCAUCAUCAUCUUCCAUGUCUUCUAAACGCUCUAUUGUUGAGUUUACUCCUGUCUCAGAUGAACCUCAGGUUCUUCUUACUAAACGACCUCGUAACGAAAGGGAAGAGGAGGAAGAAGAAGCAGCAGCAGCAGCAGCAGAGGAGGUAGUUCUCCUUGACGCCGAUUCCAUCGGCCUUCGCCUUCUCGGCUUGCUCCUCCAAUGCGCUGAGUGCGUUGCCAUGGAGAAUCUCGACGAAGCUGCUAGUUUAUUACCAGAAAUCGCUGAGCUUUCUUCCCCGUUCGGCUCGUCGGCUGAGCGAGUCGCUGCUUACUUCGCUGAAGCUCUAUCGGCCAGAAUCAUCAGCUCUCAUCUCCGAUUUUACUCUCCACUUAACCUCAAAGUCCUAACUCUCACGCAUUCCCAAAAGCUAUUCACUGCUCUGCAAUCGUACAAUACAAUAAGCCCGCUCAUCAAAUUCUCUCACUACACAGCGAAUCAAGCUAUUUACCAAGCAUUAGAAGGUGAAGAUCACGUCCACGUCAUCGAUCUCGACAUCAUGCAAGGUCUUCAAUGGCCAGGAUUGUUCCAAAUCCUCUCCUCUCGAUCGAGGAAGCUCCGUUCCAUCAAAAUCACCGGCGUCGGAUCCUCCACGGAAUCGCUCGAAUCCACCGGCCGGAGACUCACCGAAUUCGCCAACUCGUUCGGGCUUCCGUUCGAGUUUCAACCACUGGAAGGCAAAAUCGGACACAUCACAGACCUGACUCAACUGGGAGUGAAAAUUGGGGAAACUACAGUUGUCAAUUGGAUGCAUCAUUGCCUUUACGAUAUCACAGGGAGUGAUUUAGGUACUUUCAGAUUGUUGAAUUUGUUAAGGCCGAAAUUGAUAACGCUGGUUGAACAAGAUCUGAGUCAUGGAGGGAACUUUUUAGGCCGAUUCGUUGAGGCAUUGCAUUAUUACUCGGCUUUGUUUGAUGCGUUAGGGGAUGGAUUGAGGGAGGAGAGUGUAGAAAGGCAUACGGUGGAGCAGCAAUUGUUCGGUAGCGAAAUCAGGAAUAUUGUUGCGGUAGGUGGGCCCAAGAGGAGCGGGGAAAUACCCGUAGAGAGAUGGGGCGAUGAAUUGAAACGAAUCGGGUUUUUACCCGUUUCGUUAUCGGGUACAGCAGCUGCUCAAGCUACAUUGUUGUUGGGUAUGUAUCCAAGAGGGUAUACUUUGGUGGAGGAAAAUGGGUGUUUGAAAUUGGGAUGGAAGGAUUUAUCUUUGUUGACUGCCUCUGCAUGGCAACCGUGUGAUUAACAUUCCCUUUUUUUUUUUUUUUGUUGCUUCAAUUUGAAGUGUUGGGAUUAUGUUUAUUGGUGCAAAUACCAUAAUUGUUGUCCUAAAAGGAAUUGGAUUGGACAUACUAAUAAGCGAAGUGCUCUUGUUCA